AUGGGCUUGUUUACAGAAUUACCAGAAGAAUUCCGGGAGGUGGACGUAAUCGUGGCCGGGGGAGGGACGGCUGGGUGCGUGGUUGCUUCUCGUCUCGCAGAAGCAGAUCCGAAAUUGUCGAUUCUCGUUAUCGAGCAGGGCAUGAACAACUACAAUGUGCCUCAAAUUGUACAACCCGCUCUCUUCCCACUGAAUCUUAAUCUUGACAGUAAAUAUACACUCUUCUGGAAAGGCAACAGGGCACCACAGCUUGCGGACAGGGAGCCUGUCGUUCCCAGUGGUGGCACUUUGGGCGGUGGAAGUAGUAUUAAUUGGAUGGUAUACACCCGCGCUCAACGAUCUGACCUUGAGUCAUGGAAGACGCCAGGGUGGUCGUCCAAAGAACUAUUGCCGUUCUUGAAGAAGUUUGAAACCUAUCAUGGCCGAGGCGAAAAGGAGCUGCAUGGCGACAAUGGCCCUGUCAAUAUCUCCAGCGGCACCUUCCGAGCAACCCGCGCCGAAAAUGAUUUCAUUGAAGCCGCCGCUAAAAUUGGCUACCACGAACUGAAAGAUUUACAAAACCUUGACUCUAACAACGGUACCGAGCGUUGGUUGCGCUACGUUGGCCCCGAUGGACGACGCCAGGAUGCCGCCCACAGGUUCCUUCACCCGAAACUUCAGAGCGGGCACUAUCCGAAUCUGCAUGUCCUGACGGAAAACCAGGUUGUGAGAGUCCUACUUGAUGAUAAUAAAAGAGCCGUUGGGGUCCAGUACCGGCCGAAUCCCAAAUUUCAAGCCGCUGCACGUGGGAAGUCUCUACUUACCGCUCGCGCGUCGAAAUUGGUCGUUGUCUCGGCCGGCGCGAAUGCUACACCACAGAUUCUGGAGAGAUCGGGGAUUGGCGACCCGAAAAUUCUUAAACGCGCCGGAGUCCCAGUCGUCGAAGACUUGCCCGGUGUGGGGAAUGAUUACCAGGACCAUCACCUCACACUGUACACAUAUCGAACCAGCCUGACACCGAACGAGACUAUUAAUGCCUUUGCGGAUGGGCGACUAAAUGUGCAAGAGGAGAUCAGGAAAAACAAUAAGCAGCUGGGUUGGAACUCCAUGGAUGCUUCAGGCAAAUUCCGUCCCACCGAGGCUGAAGUUGAAGCUCUUGGACCCGACUUCAAGAGAGCCUGGGAUCGAGAUUUCAAGAAUGCGCCUGACAGGCCCCUAAUGAUUAUUGCCAUGUACUUGAGCUUCUUUGGCGAUCACGCUACAUUGCCAGAUAACUCCGAGUAUGUUUCCAUUGCUAAUUGGACGGCUUAUCCAUAUUCGCGCGGGCACAUCCACAUCACAGGGCCGAACAUCUCCGAUCCUAUUGACUUCGACGUGGGCUAUUUGAAAGACCCCAACAACAUUGACGUCAAGAAACAUAUCUGGGCAUACAAAACCCAACGCGAGAUCUUUCGUCGCAUGAACAUCUUCCGUGGCGAGCUGGCAGCAGAUCACCCCAAGUUCCCUCCAGGCUCGAAGGCCGCCAUUGUUGAAAAGGCGGACGGCCCUGUCGCUGACGACGCAAAACGUAUCGAGUACACGCCCGAGGAUGAUAAGGCUAUUGAAGAGAAUGUCAGAAAGAUCGUCACUACUACCUGGCACUCGUUAGGAACAUGUAAGAUGGCACCAAGAGAGGAGAAAGGUGUUGUGGAUGCCAACCUGAGUGUGUACGGCAUAAAGGGUUUGAAGCUGGCGGAUCUGAGUAUCGUCCCUGAGAACGUUGGUGCAAAUACGAAUAAUACCGCUCUAAAGCAGCGGAUAUAUUCAUUCGGGAAUUGGGUCUUGGUGGGAAGUCGAAGGGGCGGGAAGCUACAAGAUACUCAGGAGAGAACCUUAAUAUUUCUCGGCUCUAAAUAUAGGUCAGAAGGCAAAGAUAGAGAAUGCUAA